UUCAGAGGGUAGUUCUACUGAAAAUACAGAUGCAGAGCAGCCAGUUGAUAUGAAUGCAAUGAUUAAAGAAUUGAAGUUCCUGUGUCCUGGACCGAACACGAAACUUCGGGCAGAAGAGCUCUGGUCUAUUACAAUCGAUGAACGCAACGAAAUGCGUCGAAAGGGUUCAUUCGAUUGUUACCUGCUAGAUUACCCCGUAUCAACCGCGUUCAAUGGGUCUAUGAUUUCAAUGGAGUUUCGAGCGAUGUAUCCUAAUGCACCGGAUUUCGAUGAGCGGCUUUCAAGUCUUCAAUCGAAAAUUUUGACACGAUAUCAUGAUCUACUUGGGCAUAUCAAGAAUGAUUUUAUGCGAACACUUUGUAUUAUACGUCAGAAAAGUCCAAGUCGAGGUGCUAAGCGGGCUCGUGAUGCUGAUCCAACGAAGGAAAACGCUUUAAAAGGAGUAAUAGAAUGGAUAAAACCGGAGGACCCAUUCCUAUCUAAACAUGAUUCUCCUAUACUAUACAUUAAAGGAAACUUUUUGGAAGUUGGUUCAAGUGCUGCAAUCAUAUGGAAACAAAGUACCAUUAUGCUGAAUCCGGAUAUGGAACACUGUUUUCGUAUUUUAUGCGAAUCGUUUGUGGUCUUCAACGCUGUUUGUCAGCCGACUGAUAAGCAGUUUUACACAUUUGUAUCGUACGUUUUGCUUGGUAUUGGCCACCUAACUACAACUGGCGAACGAUUGAUGCAGAGCAUUGAAUAACUCAUUUCGUCAUUAUCCAUUUGUUGAAUUUUAAGUCGCUGUGAAUCUGUUGAAUUGGUAAAGUUAAAAAAAUUGCUGGCAUUAAUGGACCAUUAC